CCGUCGCCGAUUUGAAUAAACUUUAUUGCACUGCGGCCGGUGUUCGGUAACUGUCCGUCAUGGGGGCACGAGUCGUGCGUAUGUUCCGAAACUUCAACCUGGAGAACCGGGUACACCGAGAACUGUCGAAGGAGAAGCCGCUGGCAGCACCGCGACACGCGGUGAAAAGCCCGGCGUCCGGCGGCAGCUCUGAGGCUGUGGAAGCGGACUCCGUGAACAAGAAGAACGACCCACUGCUGUCCCUCCUGCGGUCUGUGUAUGUGGAGUCCACAGACCCUGCAGCACCACCAGCACCACCACCACCAGCAGCAGCAGAGGCGUCAAAGGAAGUCAUCGUGGGUAAAGAAGUGGAGCGGCGGCCCUUAAAGUUCAGUUUACCGGCAGGGCCGUACGGCCUGGUAGAGCUCACAGACGUUCCCAAAGGCAAGCUGACCAUCACAGAGGCUCUGAAGGCCCUGGGUGGACACCAGCGCGAGCCCCAGACAUGGACGCCAGAAAAGAUCGCUCAGGAAUAUUCUCUGGACUUGAAAGACACAAAGGCUCUUCUAGAGUUCUUCAUCCCUUUCCAGGUUCACAUCAUACCGCCCAAGACUGACGGUGCCAAGCAGAUCAAGGCUUCUUAGGAAUUGUUUGUGAAUGGUGGACUACAGACAGACAUCACAUGACCUGACUUUAUUUAUGUCAAUAACGUACGUCAAUAAAAUGCAUUAGGAGAGCUGACAGAGUUUCUCAGGCCUGGGCUUUGGACCUUAUGUUUGAUAUGCAGGUGUAGUCACUGGAUUUGACUAAUGUGGAUUUAUUGAUAUUUGUGAAACAAACUAAGAAAAAUUAAGAUAAUGACAUUAAGAAGUUCAUCUGAAGAUUUCUCUAUAGAAUACAAAAGCACUCAUACCUGAAGUCUCGUGAGAGUUUAGCAUCUUGAAACGCGCUCAGAGGUCCAAACAAGGUUGAGAAACCCUGCCUGGCAAAUACUCAUUAGCUUUCCUUCUGACACUGAGACAGUGUCACGCCUGUGUAGUAUGGGGCUAAGGUUAGCCUAGCUUAGCAUAAAUACUGGAAGGAAGAAAUGGUUUAAGCAUGUAACUUCCUCCGGAACAACAAAUUCUUGUUGUUACACUUCUGUUUGCAUGCACAUUAAACUAACAAAUGACGGAGCCAGGCUAGCCGUUUCUACCUGUUUCCAAUCUUGAUGCUAAGCUAGGCUAACCAUGUCCCGUCGUUGUAUUCUUUGCAGCACACUCUCAGUAUGGUUACCAUCGGUCCUUGAAAUUCUUUAAAGUUUGUGAAAGCUUUUUCAAAACAGACAUGUGGUCAUUGAAAGUGCUUAAAUGUAUUAUUUAUAUUAGUUUUUAUUAAAGCCAACACAUUUGAGAAGUGAU